UGUGUACAUGCAUUGACUUGUUUACACAUUAAUUACGCGAUCUUAAAGCCUCGUUAUUUACUAACUUCAUUGGCCUUAAAUGACCUCACCAUUGGACUGCUUAUCACACCCUUCGGUUUAUUGCCUGCAUUAUUCCAUUGUUGGCCAUAUGGUGAAAUAUUUUGUCAAAUACAGGCCUUACUACGCGGUGCUCUCUCACAACAAAGUGCGGUAAUAUUAGUGUGUAUGGCAAUCGAUAGGUACAUGUGUGCUUUACAUCCGCGUAGAUAUUAUCAACAUUCUAGUAAAAAGGCAUGUUUAUUAUCACUAACAAACACGUUAUUUAUUCCAGUAUCUUAAACUAAACUAUGUUUUUUUCCUAUAUUCCAUUUUAUCCUUUUUUUCUCUCCUCACAUUGCAGGCUACUAUUUUAAUAAUACAGGUCUUAUGGCUUGUGAGCCAUUUUAUAGUAAACCGUCGUAUCGUAUAUUGGCCACAUGUGCCUUUUACUUCCCCACCACCAUGGUGUUGAUGUAUUGCUAUGGUUCUAGUUUUCAUAUGAGUCGUUUCAGACUUAAUGAUCCAACGAUGCCUUUAACUGCUGCCGCUCAUCAUCCUGCUUAUCAGCAUCAUCCUCUACAUCAUUAUCACCAUCAUCAGCAGCAUACGUAUCCACAUUUACAUCAUUAUCAUCAUCGUGGUAGUGUAGGUAGUAGUGCUGGUGGUGGUGGUGGGGUUGUUACAACUGGGGGUGGCAGUGGUGGUGCUAUACAUACUUCAGUAGGAGGUUCGGGUACUGGUGGUGGAGCCAAUACACCCUCUGCAAUGAUGGCAAAUACACCGGUAAUGAACUUGAGUAUGGCCAUGAGCAUGGGUUUAGGUUUGAAUACACCCGCCAAUAGCAUUACGAAAAAGAUGGUCCCUAUACAGGAGAAAAAUUCAAGUGGUUCAACGUCACGUUCAAUGGCUACAAUUUCAUUGGGUUUCAUUGUUAUGGUUACACCCUGGACAAUACAAGAAAUUGUAACAGCGUGCACGGGAUCAAAGUGUAAUGGCCAUGAAGACACACCCGAACACAAAUCACCAUGUUGUCACAUAAAUUCUGAUUUUGAAAUCACCACACUACCAAUGCCACCCGAACCGCCAACAUCACGUCCACCGCAAAACAAUGGCAGCGGUGGAGGUGGAGGAGGUGGCGGUGGUUCAAGUAACACAGCCGCCGGUUUGGUAGGAGCAGGCGGUAUUGGUGGUUCAGUAUUGGGCAUUUGUGCCAGAGCACGCAGUAAUAGUUUAAAUCGUUCAACAUCAUUUCACAUACGAGAUGGAGGAGGAGGUGGAGGAAUUAGUUCUAGCAAUGGUCAUCAUACACAUCAUCAACAUGGUUAUAAUACAUCCACCGUACGUCCCGAUAUAGAAGGUUUAUCGGAAAAAUAUUGGGGAGAAAUAUUAGAACGUACUGUCAGCUCAAACAGUUUACAUGCUGCCAUGCAAAAAUCCUUUAUGCCAACACAACAACAUUAUGGACAACAACAACCACUACAUCAUCAUGGUCAUCAUCAGCAACAUGCAUCAGGAGUUAAUAAUCCAAUGAUGAUGAUGACAACAUCAUUUAGUAAACAAAGUGAUCUAAAUCUUCAUAUACGCGAACAUGAUGACAAUUUAGUAGAUUCGGCAAAUACCAUGUCGACGACAACAACAAGUGAUCUUAAUAAAUUCUCCACAUCAGAACCAAAAUUAUGUGAACAUGAGUAUCAACAACAACAGCAACAUCAUCUGCAGCAUCAACAUCAUCAUGACAUACAUUGUGCCAAAACCAAGGCAAACACAGAGGCCAAUAAAACUCUCGGUGCAGGAGGUGGUGGAGGAGAAGGGGCAGGUGUAUCCUCUACAUUAAGUGGUUGUGGCAGUGUGCCGGAUAUUUAGUACGCAGAGGAUGUGAUACAGCGUAAGAGUAAAAUACUAAAUGCACCAUUUACAAAAUGUUCCAAUCAUGGUGGUGGCGGUGUUGCUGGUAUUAGUGCUGCCAAAAAGUUUCUAACUUUAGCCAAAGCCUCCUGUCAUACACCACCACCAACACGUCAUGGUCACACACACUUACAUCACAAACAACAACAACAACAUCAACAGCCAUACCAGCAACAUUUACAGCAACGCCAUCAAAAUUUACUAUCACGCACAAAAUCAUGUAUCUUUCAUUUUCGACCUCUAACAACGGCAACAACAAAUGCCACCUCUAUAGCCAACAUAGUCACCGUACCAAUCUUUAAAGCUACAUCAACAGCAUCGUCAACAUCAGCAGCAGCAGCUACUGCUGCAGCCUCUGAAAAGUGUAAAACGCAUUCACAUCUACCACCGAAAUUUGUUACAGUCGCUGUGCCAAUGGCUGAAUACCGGAAAUGAGAAAUGUUUUUGCAUGCAACUUAAAGCAAGAUUUAAUAGGUAUUGUUUUUGUUUUUUUCGGAUUUUUUUAUUCAUUUUGUUCAUUUGUUUGUUAAUUUUAUGUUUUAUUUUCUCGAGCCCUGUUUGUUGUGUGUGAGUUUUGCGGCUUAAAAAAGCAUGGAACUGUAGGGGAAAAACAACAUUAAACCACCAGGAACUUUCGCCAUAUGAUGUUUUUUAAAUAAAGUUGCAUUCGGAGUGUGUGUACAUUAGGGGUUCUCUACUUUGGUUUAGUUUUUAUUUAGUCUGUAUUGUGAUCAGACUAUAGUGAGUAAUAUGGUCAGACUAGAGUCUGUACUCUGAUCAAACUAGGGUCUGUACUAUGAUCCCUUUUUUCAGAUUAGACUAUAGUUUAUACUCAGAUCAGACUCUAGUCUGUACUCUAAGCAGGCUAUAGUCUGUACUCUGUGCAGGCAUUAGUUUGUACUCUGGUCAGUCUGUGCUCUAAUCAGAAUAUAGCCCGUACUCAGAUCAGACUAUAGACUAUAUAAAGACUAUGUUCUGUACUCUGAUCAGACUAUGUUCUGUACUCUAAUCAGACUAUAGUCUGCACUCUGAUCAGACUAUAGUCUGUACUUUGAUCAGACUAAAGUCUAUACUCUGAUCAGAUUUUGGUCUGUUCUCUGAUCAAAUUAUGGUCUGUACUCUGAUCAAAUUAUGGUCUGUACUCUGAUCAGACUAUAAUCUGUACUCUGAUCAGACUAUAGUCUGUACUCUGAUCAGACUGCAAUCUGUACUCAGAACAGACCAUAGUCUGUACUCAGUUCAAACUAUAGUCUGUCCUCAGAACACACUAUAGUCCGGACUCAGAUCAGACUACAGCCUGUAGUCAGAUCAGACUAUAGUCUGUACUCUGAACGGAGUAUAGUCUGUACUCUGACCGGACUAUAAUCUGUACUCUGAUCAGACUAUAGUCUCUACUCUGAUCUGAAUAUAGUCUGUACUCUGAUCAGACUAUAGUCAGUACUCUGAUCAGACUAUAGUCAGUACUCUGAUCAAGCUAUAGUCUGUACCCUGAUCAGACCAAAGUCUGUACUCUGACGAGACUAUAGCCUGCGCUCUGUACUCCAAUAAGACUAUAGUCUAUACUAUGAUUAGACUAUAGUCUGUGUUGACAGACUAUAAUCUGUACAAUUGUCAGACUAUAGUUUGUAGAGUUGUUAGACUAUAAUCUGUACGUUAGUCAGACUAUAGUACAAACUGUUGACAUAUCAUAUUGUGCACUAUGGACAGACUUUAUGUUCGACUUCGAGACACGAUUUUGAAAAUCAUUUCAAAAAUAUACCACUCUAAUCUUGCAUCUGUUGUUACUUCCUGAUUUUUUCCCCAUACAAAACAUCUUUAUUGUUGUUGAUGUACGACCAACAGACUAUCUACUUUGUAUGCAAGCUAUGUAUACAUACAUAUACACAUAUAUAUAAGUUUGUUUAAGAGUUUAUUAAACCACCUACAAAAUGCAUUUUUUUUAAAAAGGAAGAGGUUUGUAUCACAUCCGUGUGAAUGUAUGAGUAACUGCUAAAUAGUAUAUGUAAGAAUGAAUGAAUAAAUGGAUAAAUGUAGUAGUAGUAUAUUUGUAUAUUGUCGGUCUACUUGUGAAUGAGAGUGUAUGUAAAUGUAUAUAAAAAUGUGAUUAUAUAUGUAUAUGUAAUUGAAUUGUUGUAAAGGUGUUUGUGUGUUUGUUUAUAAAAAAUGUGCAGUUUAAAUUUAUAUGUAAAAGAAGAAAUACUAACUUUUAUAGUUGUGGUAUAAAUGAAGGUAUACACACACACACACAAAUUGCUAUAAAAACUGUCUGUCGGUAUAGGUGUACAGUUGCCUUUUUGUUUUGCUUUUUUUUAAAUUAUACCAAUUUUUUUAUAAAUAUUUUUAAGGGUUUUGUUUAUACAAAAAGUUCAAAAUGCUUCAAAUUGUAGACCAAGGGUUUGGUCAGUUAUUCUCCCCUACCCUUACUCUCUGCCAGAAACCAACAAUAUGGAAAAACUGCUAAAUUUAAUAUGAAUGUGUUAAAAACAACGAAAAUCAUUUAGUAUAAAAAUUUUACCUUUAUUUUACACAAGCAAUAUGCUUGUUUCCCCAUUUAGCAAUUUAUUUCCUAUAUAACCACAUUUGUAGUGGUAGUUGAGUAGGUUUAUGUGUGAAAUAUAUUUGUGCGAUAUAAAUAGGAAUAUCAAUUAAACUAAAUGAUAGGAUAUGUUAUAAAUUCCUUUUGUAAAAUAAUAUCUAAAAAUUUCACAGCGGAAAAAUGUUGGAACGAAGUAAAGUGUAGUGGAGGGGAGCACUUUGAUAUAACUAGUUUCAUAUUCAGUUCUAGCUCCGUUCUAGUUCUGUUCCAGUUCUAUUCUAGUUCUAUUCUAGUUCUG